AUUUCAAUAUAAAAGUACCAAUUUUACCCUAACUCAUAUCUUCUUAAUUGAAAGUUGAAGGAGCAAUCAUUGCUUUUUGGUUUCAUCGCUUAUGCCUGGUUUCUUCUUGAUUUGCGUUGGAAGUGCUUGUGUAUAUUGUGCUUCAAGUUGAACAAGGAUACUUUAGAGUUGUUGGAUGAUAGAGAUAUGAUGAUAUGGUCAAAAGAGACAGCUUCCAAACCUUGUGGUAGAAAAUCAUCAUAUCAUAGUCUUCAAAAUCAAAAGCACGAAGUUUCUAUGUUGUUCAAUUCUAUUUCUAAAAAUUCACAGAAGAGGAAAUGUAAGCAAUACAUAAAUGGUGGUAAAUUUGCUAUUAAUUCUGAACUCGUCGAUAGAAAGAAAUAUGGUAAUGAUAAUGCCAAAGAUCAAAAAAGAAAAUCAUCUUCUCAUGUCUCAUGUACAACACUAUCAGAUGGAAAAAGGAUUAGUUUACCAAGACAGAAAUAUGAUUUCACUGCUCAAAAUGAUAGGGUAGAAUUUUGCGUUACUUCUAGACAAGACUACUCUCACCUAUGUGACGUUGAAGAUUCUGCCAAGCGACCAAAUUAUCUUAUGAACGAAGAGAGCUUUUAUAUUUAUGCUAGAGAUUUAAUGGAUAAUAAUAGUAAUUCUUAUUGUAUCGCGACAUCAAUCAAAGAAAAACUGAAAGAAGAAGACAUGGAAUUCGCCAACUCUCGGAAGAAAUUUUUACCUUCUAGAAGUAACCAUCUUCCAAAACCAUUUAUUCCCAUUGGACCUAGAUUUCAAGCUGAAGUUCCUAAAUGGGAGGCUCCAACCAACAUAAAACAAUAUAAUAGUGAUGAUUGUUUGAAGUGGUUAGGAACCCAAAUUUGGCCGAUGCCUUCUUCAUCUAGAAAUAAUGCAGAGUGUAUUGGAAAAGGUAGGCCCGACUCAAGCUCGGGUGAGAAUCUUGAAUUAGUUGAUCGUGUUAAAAAACACGGUGAAGCUAGCGAAUGCUUAAAAUUGAAGGUUAAUGGCUCCUUCUCAAGUUGGGAGUUUGAUAACAAGAAUGGUGUUUCAAAAUCAUGGACAAUGGAAGAUGAGGUAAUUUGAAUCUCUAGUAAAAUUGAAUCUACUAUAAAGCGACACAAUUUUGGAAGCUCACCAUGGAGUACUUUCCAUCCAAAUCUAUUGAGUGCAUGAUGAAUUACUAUUUUAAUGUAUACAUCCCUAAAUGCAUGACUAUAUAAGAGAAGGUCUCCCUUUGGAUGGUGAAUCAAAAUGGUAACUAUGAGAUUGAAGGGGCAUGUUGAUCUAAAGGUAUGGCUAUGAUUUCAAUUGGAAAAAUUUUGAAAAUUGCAACAUUGGAGAUAUUAGGAGCUCAAAAUCUAGCUCAUGCAUCUUCAAUAUCACUAUCAUUUAGAAGAUGUAGUCUUUAAAUGUGCUCUAAAUUCUUAAAAGUUAAGUUUCCAUACUUAUGCAUGGAUGGUAUUUUAAGAAAUAUAAAAAAAUUGAUAUAAGUUUUGUACUUAAAUUUAUUGUUAGAAAUUUUGCUUUUAUUGUGGUAUGUCCUUAGUCGUAUAAUUGCGUUAUUUUAGUUGUUUAUUUGCAACCUCCUGUACUUCUUUUCAGUUGGAUUUUAAAAGUGAAUUUAGUCACGCAUUGUUUAGAAAUAUGACCUAUGUAGUUUUAAGAAAGUUUAGUGUGUCUUACAAAUUAAUUUAUACGAAUGAAUUAGGUCUGACUUAUGUUAUCAUAAUUUAUCCUAUAUUUUUUGUUGGACUUUCUGAUUGUGCACACCUUCAAACUCACUUAGGCUUGAGCCUUACCAGAUGAAAUGGAUUUUUGGAAAUUUUAUAAUUUCUUCCAUUUCUCAAUUUUCUUUCUUUUUAUUCAAACUACUAGCAAAUACCCGUGCGUCUGCACGGGUAAAUUUAUUUGAUAC